GGCAACUGAUGUAGAUCCAAAUGGGCUUUAUUUAGUAAGCCCAAACUUUAUGUUUUCUCUUAUAUCUUCCUGCUCUGUUAUUAGAAAGAAUCUCCGAUUUAGAUAGAAACAACAAUCCUCCGGUGGUCACUCGCUAAUCUCCGUUUGAUCUCGCCGACACUCGAGCCUUUUACCGAUGAAGGAUGGAGAUUCCUUACCAAUAAGCACUUCUUCCGUCGCGGCGACGACGGUGACCGGAAAGAAGGAAACCGGUUAUUCCGCUCUCUUCUCGAAAGGCCGGUACAAGUUUUGGGCCUUAGCUGCGAUUCUGUUACUCGCUUUCUGGUCAAUGCUCACUGGCACGGUCAAUCUCCGUUGGUCUGCCGGUAACAUUAACCAUUUCACCGACGAUCUCGUCUUUCCCAUCCACGAGGAUCUCGAUGUUCUUGAAAUGGAGGAGAGGGAGAAAGUGGUGAAGCACAUGUGGGAUGUGUAUAACAAUGGCCGUCGUAUCAGAUUACCUAGGUUUUGGCAAGAGGCCUUCGAGGCUGCUUACGAGGAGCUUACCAGUGAUGUACCUGAUGUGGUUGAGGCUGCCAUUUCCGAGAUCGCUAGGAUGUCUAUUCGCUCCAUUGUUAUAGAUCCGCCUCCGCUUCAUUCCACGAAUGUACGAGAAUUGACAAAGACUCUAAAACUUGCGGACAAAGGAAGAGCAACUCAAAUAUCAAAACCAAGCAGCCGUCGAUUGAAAUAGCUAUGGAGGCUUUACGAAAAAGGUAGUGUAGCAGUCAGCCGUCGUGGCGUGACCAUACAUAUACUUGAUGUCAGAAAGAUCAAUCAACCUCAUCCCUAGAAUAUAUGUCCAUCAUUAGUGUUAUUUUUUCUUCCACUAGGGGCAUUAAUCCUUUCACUAUCAUCAUCAUCUCUUCUAUAAACAAAAUUUUGAGGAAGCUUUUUAUCCACACCUUAUUAGCUCUGAACGGUAAUGUCUUUUAUUUUGGAUUUAUGAAAUAUUUCAUAUGUAGUUAGCCCAUACAUUUAAAUACCUUCCAAUGAAUUUUCUAGUUAUAUAUUAA